AUGGUAAGUAAAAUAUAUUGCGAAGUAUUUUUAUGAAACAUGGUUCAAUAUUGGCUAUAUAAUCUAUACUUUUCAGUUUUUAUUAUAAUUUGACACAAAUUUCUUAAAUUGUGGGUCUUACCACGAAAACAUGAUAUAUUAGUUUUAGGUUUUAUUUGGCUUUGAAUUAGGUUAGCUGAGCCUAUAAAAUUUAUUUUUGAAUGUAAUUUUUGGUUUUUAGUAAAAAAUAAGGUUUUUAUGGAAAAAUUUUGGGUUCCACCACGAAAACAUGAAAUUUUAUGUUUUAUUUAAAAGUGACCCAAAAAUACUUUAAAACUACAAAAUACGUUACAGAAAACAUAUUUUAACGUUUUUUAAGUUAAUUCUUUAAUGGGUUUAACUUUUUUUUGGCUUAAAAAGUAGGGGCUUUGUUAACGAGGUAAAUGUUACUUUAUGAAGCAUUUUUUGUCAAUUUCGUAGUCAACAAGCACUAAAAUUGUAUUUUCUACACUUUUUUUGAUGUUUUGCAACUUUUUUUAAUCUAAAAAUUGAUAUUUUAAUACUUAAAACACGUCAUCUAAGUAAUAUAUAACCUAAUGUACUGGGCUACUGUCGUACAGUAUAUUGGGCCUAAUUUUGAGGUAAAUCUUGUAUGUAAAAUACGUUCGGUUGACCAAUUGCGGCAAUAUUUAAUGUUUUAGGCACCAAUUGAACGAAAAAAGAUUGAUUUGGAGCCACUAAAGAAGGCCAAGGUACCCAUCUUCUUCAUUGUUGGUAAGUCAACUUUGAUCUGUCAUAACUUUGGUUACAGUAAUCUAUAUGGGACAUGAUUUAAUGAUUAUGAAAGGCUAUGAUAUUGGUUAAGCAAUGAUGUGCGAUACAAUAUAGUUUUAUGUUUAGUAUGAGGUUAAAAAUGGCAUAAUUUAAGGUACACAUCAACUUUUAAGCUUAUUUUUGGCCGUUUUUUGAGUUGUAAGACUCAUUUUUGCAAGUUACAGUAAGAAAACUGGAAAAUAAGUUUUUGUUACAGUAAGGUUAGUAUCUUUAGAACGGAAUUUUAGUUGUACGUUAGCAAUCUUCACAGCAGGCACUUUUAAUAAUGACAUUUUUUGAGAUGCAUACUAGCUUUCGGCCUUGUUUUAGCCUACUUUUAGGAUUUUAAAGCUUGUUUUUGGAAGUUACAGUAUGAAAGUUGGAAAAUAUGUUUUUGUUACUGUAGGCUGAGUAUCUGUGGCAUCUAAUGUUAGCACUGCUUUUUAACUUUUAUUUAAAAAAAAUUUUUAAAUGAUUUUUUACGUGACGCAAGCUCUAUUUAUUCAAUUUUUUUGGAUUUUUUAAACUUUUAAACGGGAUUACUGUAACUUAAGCUUUGAAAUUUAUUCCAAAACAGUCUUUACAUUGUCCGGCAAUACCUACUAGUCCCAUUCCAGGUGGUCCCGGCUCAGGAAAAGGCACACAAUGCGAGAAAAUUGUCGCCAAGUACGGUCUAUCUCACUUGAGUUCAGGUGAUUUGCUAAGAGAUGAGGUCAAGUCAGGCAGUCCACGUGGUGCAGAACUAACGAAAAUUAUGGAAGCUGGUCAACUGGUACCACUGGAGGUUGUGCUGGACUUGAUCAAAGAGGCUAUGGUAAAAGAGGUGGCGAAGGGAAGCAAAGGGUUCUUGAUCGAUGGAUACCCACGUGAAGUGAAACAGGGCGAUCAGUUCGAAAGUGAGGUGGGUUUUAAAGUAACAUUGAAGUUUAAAAUUUUGGUACGCAUUUUUAGGCUUAGGUUCACAUUUUUAGGCUUAGGUACACAUUUUAGGCUUAGGUACACAUUUUAGGCUUAGGUACACAUUUCUAGGGUUAGGUACACAUUUUAGGCUUAGAUACACAUUUUUAGGCGUAGAUACACGUUUCUAGGCUUAGGUACACACUUUUAGGCUUAAGUACACAUUUUAGACUUAGCUACAUAUUUUUAGGCUUAGAUAUUCAUUUUAGGCUUAGGUAUGCAUUUUAGGCUUAGGUAAAUAUUUUUAGGCUUAGGUACACAUUUUAGGUUUAGGUACACAUUUUAGGCUUAGGUAUGCAUUUUAAGCUUAGGGACACAUUUUAGGCUUAGGGGCCAUUUUUAGGCUUAAUAACACAUCUUCAGGCUUAAGGACACAUUUUUAGGCUUAGGUACACAUUUUAGGCUUAGGUACGCUUUUUUAGGCUUAGGUAUACAUUUUAGGCUUAGGUACACAUUUUUAGACUUAGGUACACAUUUUUAGGCUUAGGUACACAUUUUAGGCUUAGGUACACAUUUUAGGCUUAGGUACGCUUUUUUAGGCUUAGGUAAACAUUUUUAGGCGUAGGUGCACAUUUCAGGCUUAUUCUUCUAAUUUCAGAUCCAAGAAAGCAAACUAGCCAUUUUCUUUGAUGUUUCCGAAGACACGUUGGUCAAACGUCUCCUCCACCGUGCUAAAACCUCAGGCCGUGCCGAUGACAAUAUCGACACGAUCAAGAAGCGUCUGAAGACCUUCAACGACUCCACGGCACCAGUGGUCUCACACUACGAGAAGAAGGGCAAACUGGUACGGAUCAAGGCCGAGGGAUCAGUCGAUGAGAUCUUUGCCGAAGUCACCAAACAUCUGGACAAGGCCAUUGCCAAGUAG